UUAUAACAAUCAAUUUUUUAAUGUUUAAAUACUUUGCUUGUUACAAUAAAGUAUUUUACUUGUUUCUUAACUAUUUUCAAGCAAUGUACCCGACGAGUUCUAAACAUUUGAUUCAAAAUCAAAAAUGGGACCUAAGUAAUCCUUCCAACUGACCUUUGUGCGAUAGUUUAGGUGUACAAGUAUUAAACUUGUAUUCUCAGACAUGUUUAAAUGUUAACAAGCUGCACAAAUGCCCACUUUCGUUGCCUAGAAAUUUAAUGUGUACUAACUUUGCAAAGAGAUAUUGCAAAAACAUACAUUCUAGACAGUUAGAUCAGAGAUUAAUACAUAGUAGGUUCAUUCAAACCCGAACGUUCCGUUGGAAGAAACGCUACUUUGAUGAAAAUUACAUUAAGUGUUGUGACUUUUUGACUCAAAAUCGACUAGUGGUAGGUACAAAUGAUGGGAAUAUUAAAGUCUACAACUUGUUCACCGGUCAAAAAGAAUUAGUGUUUACUGUACACGAUUCCUCUGUCGAUAAAUUAGAAACAAGCAACAACGGGAAAUUGUUGUUAUCGUCAUCAAUGGAGGAUGCUGGUACGUCAUUAUGGUCUAUAGAUAACAAGUCAAUCUCACACAAAUAUUUUUUAAACGAAGUAGAAUACUGCACCUUUAGUAACCAUUGUCAAAAUAAAUUACUGGGAUCUUUAAAUGAACUAGCAGUGAUAUAUGAUGUUGAAACUAGUAAAAGACUAAUGACGUUAGGCAUGGAACCUUCUGACAAUGAUAUAUUAUUUAAUAAUAAGCCUGUGUUUGACGCCACUAAUAAAUUAGUACUAUCUGAAGGUGUACUAUGGGAUGCAACGUCUGGAAAAAGAAUUCAUAAAUUGGCUAAACUUUAUAAGUCACAAUACCUAUCCAACGAUAUUUUCCACCCAAAAAGAAUGGAAAUUAUUUCAAACACAAAAGUAUGGGAUUUGCGUACAUUUCAACUAUUGCGUAGCGUCUCGAGUCUUGAUGGUUGUAAUGUGCUUUUUCCUAUAACAGGAGAAGGCAUGUAUGCUUAUCUUACGACAAGGAGAGAUAAGCCUACAUCAUUUAAAACCCUAGACCCUAAUGAUUACACAACUAUUGCUACUGUUAAUACGAAGAAUGAAUCAUCUAUAAAUCAUAUGGUUUGCAAUACCUAUGACACACAAAUAGCGAUUGUUGCACAGAACUAUCAUGAUGGACGUACUAUACAAAUAUACGACGUUGGAAGAUCACGAGCGGAAGAUGAACCUAUAGAAGAAGAACAAGUCCAAAGUGAUGGGUCAGGGAUGGAUCUGUCAAUAGGGUCGACGGAAAGUGAUUCUGGUUGAUAUUCUUCCAAUUAAUUGUUGUAUGCUAGUUCGACCAACAGUGAUGUCGCCUACUUGCCUGUUUCAUACAUCUGAGGGUAUACAGGAUGAUUCUUAAAAAGUAAUCCAAUCAAUACUUCAUAGGGCCUAAUUAAUUUAAUUUUAUAACUUGUUUAUUUUUAAUUUACUCGUGGUUUCUGUCAAAUCUACUUUAUAAUAAGUUGUGUGCUUUGUUCUAUUUUUAAGAAAUAAUAAUUUAACUUGUGUUGUAUA